CUCAUCACCCUCCAUCGCGACUACUCUUCUGCACACACACAGAUCCUACCAUCUCGCACUUCUCUCUCUCUCUCUCUCUUGCAACACACCCCCAUCCAUCACCACCACAUCACCACCUGCUGCGCAGUCACGCACCAGCACCAACCCCUCAUCACAUUAAUUGACAUCAAACCAUGGUCAACAAUACCGAGUACUACAAGGUCCUGGGACUAUCCAAGGACGCCUCCGAGGCCGACAUCAAAAAAGCGUACCGCAAGGAGUCGCUCAAGUGGCACCCGGACAAGAACCCCGGCGACAAGCGCGCGGCUGCCGAGGAGAAAUUCAAAAAGAUCGGCGAGGCCUACGAGGUUCUCUCGGACCCCAACAAGAAGUCCGUCUACGACCAGUUUGGCGAGGACGGCCUCAAGGGCGGCGGAGCCCCCAACGGUAGCGGCUUUGGCGCGGGCGGAUUCCCAGGCGCCGGCGGUGGCGGCGGCGGCUUCUCGUACCACGCCACGGACCCCAAUGACAUUUUCAACGCAUUCUUCUCGUCCAUGGGCGGCGGCGGCGGCGGAGACGAGUACGCCUCGUUCGGCGGCGGCGGCGGUGGACCCCGUAUGCGCUCGUCGCGCGGUGGUGGCGGCUUCCCCGGCGGAGGUGGCUACUCGUCGUUCGGCGGUGGCGGCGGUGGAUUCCCCGGCAUGGGCGGCGGUAUGGGUGGCAUGGGCGGCAUGGGCGGCAUGCCUGGCGGAUUCGGCGCUGCCGAGCCUGAGAAGCCCCCUCCUCCCCCCGGAGAGGUUGUCAAGCCCCUCGCCCUCUCGCUCGAGGAGCUGUACAAGGGCGGCACCAAGCGCCUCAAGAUCACGCGCCACCUGCGUUCCGGCUCGACCGAAGAGAAGAUUCUCGAGGUCGCCUACAAGCCUGGAUGGAAGAAGGGCACCAAGAUCAAGUUUGCGUCUGCAGGCAACGAGGACGAGUACGGCCAGGCGCAGACCGUGACCUUUGUCGUCGAGGAGAAGCCCCACCCGCGGUUCGAGCGCGUCGACGACGACAUCAUCGUCAAGCUCAACAUUACCCUCUCGCAGGCGCUGCUCGGCCCCGACGGCGGCGGAUCAAUCACCAAGGAGGUCGAGACGCUCGACGGGCGCAGGAUAAACGUGUCGCUGCCGGCCGGCGAGAUCAUCUCGCCCGGAUACGAGACGCGCGUGACGGGCGAGGGCAUGCCCGUUUCCAAGGCGGCGAGCGUCAAGCGCAAGGGCGACCUUAUCGUCAAGUGGAACGUCGUCUUCCCGCGCACCCUCACCGCCCCGCAGAAGGAGGCCCUCCGCAAGGUCCUCGGUUAAGCAGCCAGCCAAAACACCGCCUGCACCCCCCUGCACCCUCUAGCAUCGCGGGUAUCCCACCCAGCAUAAUCUGUCGGGCCGGCACGACCGCCACUUAGAAUUCAAGGAACUGGCUGCGCCGCGAGCGCGUGUGUGCGACGCGCGCGCGCAGCUGGUAUUAUGUACCACAUUGAAGCAUGAACAAAGUGUAUGAAUG